CAGUGUGGGUUUCCUCCAGGUGCUCUGACAUGUUCUCCCCGUGUCAGCGUGGGUUUCCUCCAGGUGCUCCGACAUGUUCUCCCUGUGUCAGCGUGGGUUUCCUCCAGGUGCUCCGACAUGUUCUCCCUGUGUCAGCGUGGGUUUCCUCCAGGUGCUCUGACAUGUUCUCCCCGUGUCAGCGUGGGUUUCCUCCAGGUGCUCCAACAUGUUCUCCCUGUGUCAGCGUGGGUUUCCUCCAGGUGCUCCCACAUGUUCUCCCUGUGUCAGCGUGGGUUUCCUCCAGGUGCUUCAACAUGUUCUCCCUGUGUCAGCGUGGGUUUCCUCCAGGUGCUCCCACAUGUUCUCCCUGUGUCAGCGUGGGUUUCCUCCAGGUGCUCUGACAUGUUCUCCCUGUGUCAGCGUGGGUUUCCUCCAGGUGCUCUGACAUGUUCUCCCUGUGUCAGCGUGGGUUUCCUCCAGGUGCUCACACAUGUUCUCCCUGUGUCAGCGUGGGUUUCCUCCAGGUGCUCUGACAUGUUCUCCCCGUGUCAGUGUGGGUUUCCUCCAGGUGCUCUGACAUGUUCUCCCUGUGUCAGCGUGGGUUUCCUCCAGGUGCUCUGACAUGUUCUCCCCGUGUCAGUGUGGGUUUCCUCCAGGUGCUCUGACAUGUUCUCCCCGUGUUAGCGUGGGUUUC